ACAUUACAACACAUCCCUUAAGCAAAUACUACCACUUGCACCGUUCUCCGCCAGUUGGUCAUAGGGAGCCCUAACCGACAGUGUUUCUGUAUAUUUCAAGAAACGCUUCCAGACUAUUUGGACUUAAACGCGUACAGGCGUUUUUAAGUAGAUGCGUAUUGCGUUGGGGAGACCAAUGGCCUUUAAGGGAAUCUAUCGUCACUAGACUUUCAAAGGCCCGAUUCGCUUGUGGCCGGUGUUUUUUGACAUCGGAUUGUUUGUGUAGAUUGGGAUUGGUGGCAAUCUUUCAUUGCCGUUUCCCCAAUACGACCGACGCCUGUCUACCUAACAUCUGGUCUAUUUACAGUUUGGAUAUUGGCCUGGAAGAAUGGAAGUGCAUAUACUUCGAAAUUUACUGCUAAUAUGUGUUCUGCUUCUCAUUUGCGUACAACUCAGCUUCCAGCAGAGGGAUUAUUAUAAUGAAUACGACGACAUCGAUGACGGACUAACACCAGCUCCCAGGACAAGACCAGAUCGACGUCGCACUAGCAGUCGGUCCAGAGGAAGGGACAAAGAAAGGAGGGAGAGAGAGAGUGAAAGAGAGAGGGAAGUAGAGAGGAGGGAGAGGGAGAGAGAAAGAUCGAGGGAAAGAGCGAGGGAACUAGAGAGGAGAGAAAGAGAACGACAGCGGUCGAGACAGAGGGUGUUAUACACCACCCCCCAGGGACUACUACCCCCACCCACUGAAGAAACCUUCACAUCCCCACCCCCAAUCUCCACGGGUAGGACCGACAGUUGUGGUUGUCCCACCAACAUCGAAUACUCCAUCAACAGCCUCAACAACUAUGUUCAGACGUCUACGUCGGACAAGGCACAAACGAUGGAUCGGUUGGGCAAGAUUGAAAAACAGUUACAGGACUUGCAGGAACUAGUGGAGAAGGUUGAUGCUGAAUCUCAAAAUUGGAAAAAUAGUCUUCGAUUCCCCGGGCUGAGUGUUCUAAAUAGCCCUACCAGCAUUGCCUUGUCUGAUGAUGCGCCAAGGUCCACGGAUACUUUCAAAGAUUGUCAGGACGUUCUAGACCGAGGGAACUCACAGAGGGGUAUCUACCAGAUCAAACCUGAACACAGCGCCUACACCUCCCUGGUGUUCUGUCAAGAUGGAUGGACGCUCCUACAGAGGCGGUACGACGGUGAAACAGACUUCCACAGGAGCUACGACGACUACAUUGAAGGCUUUGGCAACUUCUCUGGUGAGUUCUGGCUGGGCCUGGAGAUCAUGCAUCAGCUGACGAUGGGGGAGCCCUUUGACCUACGAAUCGACCUUGAGAGUCGCUCCACCAAGUUCUACUACGCCGUCUACUCGGGCUUCGACGUCGGCAGUGAGGAGGAAGAUUACAGACUCACCUAUACGAACAAGACCAGCGGAAACACCCGAGACGGACUUCGCCAUAACAAAGGUCGUGGGUUCUCGGCUCGGGACCAUGAUCGAGACUCGUGGCGCAGUCAGAGCUGUGCCAAUCAUUACAGAUCCGGAUUCUGGCUGGAUCGAUGCGGAUCAGACCUGAACAGGGAUCCGACCAAGGGUGUUUUCGGCGGUACAAAGUGGGGAGGUCGUUACGUUAAAAGUUCGUUGAUGAGGAUCAAGCCAGCAAGAGCAAUGAGGCCAAAAGACUUCAAUGCAUCUCCUUGAAUUAAGCACCGAGGAGAUUGAAAAUCGAAACUAUUUUCUAAACAUGUGGACGAUUGUUGAAAUUAAAUGUCUGUCCUUUAGCGAUCGGAAGAAGGCAAAUGCACGAAGCGAUUUCAGCUAAACAAAAAACAUUGUCAAUACCUCACGGGUUUGUGUAUGCAAAGCGUUUGUCAAUCGCCAGUGUAAAUAUACAACUAAAAUAGGAUGUAGUAGUGACGCGUGUCUAUUUUAAGUCAACCAAUGAAAUGAGGCCGUGUAUAACUCAUGGGCGUCAAAUGAGCCCAACUCCGUACAUAGUAUUGUGCGAACCCUACCGUUGCCUUAUAUUGAGGCAAUGUGCAGAGUAGAUGUCAAGCAGGUUGCAGAACACAUUGCACCAGAUAUACUGCCGUCUGUGCGAUAUAAUCUGAACGCUCAUUGGUCAGAGCACUUUCCCUCUCGCUGAAACCAGGCCGUGGCUUGAUUCGUUGGUUAAAAAUAGCGACAACACUGCAAAGCGGCCGUAUGUAUUCCUUAGGUGAUGCUGGAACGCGGCGUAUACUGAACCGUGACGUAUUGAUGAUGAACAGAAACCAAUUUGCGUAUAGUCUACCAGCUUCAGGCAAUUUUGUUAUGUGACCAUGACAAACGUAUUUGGCCGUUUAGAUGUAUAAAUCAUGGAAAUGAUGGUAGAGGUUGCUGGUGAUCCCUCCUGAAAUGGAAACGUUAUUUACCCUGAACAGGUGGGCGUUCUGUUAUACCGCUAUGUGAUCUUGUGUGUACGAUAUAUAGCAAUAGCCUUAUCUAUUCCAUAUCAUUCUUUGUGAUAGAUCUCUGAAAGAGGUUAAUAUUAUCGAGCAUUACUUUUAGUCCCAUAUGACAAAGCAUAGGACUGUGUUAUGCAUUAUCAACUCGAAUAUGCAAGUGCAAUAAUUAAAGUUGCUAUUUAUAUGAAA